UUCACCCGCGCCAUCAUCUUAGAUUAUCUGAAGCAUUUUCUCAUUCAUAAUUAUUCAACCAGAAAGAAAUUAAGAGGUAGCAGCAGGCAUUCCAACAUGGGUCUUCUUGGGACGAUUGCAAGACACAUGGAUGCGUUGGUGGGGCCGACAGUGAUGCUUCUUUUUCCAUUAUAUGCCUCAAUGCGAGCCAUCGAGAGCCCAUCCACGGUGGAUGAUCAACAGUGGUUGACAUAUUGGAUUUUAUACUCGUUUCUAACCUUAUUUGAGCUCUCCUGUUGGAAAAUUCUGGCUUGGCUUCCAUUUUGGCCAUACAUGAAACUUUUGUUCUGCCUGUGGUUGGUUCUGCCAAUUUUCAAUGGGGCAGCUUAUAUAUAUGAGAAAUUCGUGCGCAAGUACAUCAACAUUAGGGGCCAACUGAGCUCUAACUAUCCCGAGGGGCCCAAGAAGGCUCUGCAGAUGUUGAGCUUCGAUGCCAGGAAGAGCGUCGAGCGCUAUAUAACCAAACACGGACCAGACGCCUUUGAUAAGGUUGUCAAAGUGGCUGAAAAAGAAGCAAGAAAACAACGAGAUUAAUUAAGCUUUUCCAGAGUUCUCGUUGCCUUCAUCUGAUUUAGACUGGCUGUGCCCCCGUACACAUGGGAAUUGCUUAUAUACCAAAGCUGUGUUUUCUGUCUGUAAAAUGGUAUAUGCUACUGCGAUCAAAGAAAUAUUAAAACUAAAAAUUUAAAGAAGAAUGCGCUUUUAUUCUUCCGACGAACUAC